AUGAGAGCAGGAACUCUGGUACUGUACGUGUUGAGUACAAUUAUAUCGCAAGGUAGUUCAUUCCGAUCACGCCAGUCGUCUUUAUAUCUACUCGCUGCGACCUGGUGUUUUGCAGCUUUCGUUUUCGUCAACAGCUACAACUCCACUUUAGUUUCUUACAUGUCUGUCACUUACCAAAAGCCUAAUAUCAACUCUUUUGAAGAUUUGGCAGCUCAAUCUUCAACAUACAAAACAGCUGUAUCCAUUGGCUCAAUUUCCCAUUUUGAAGUGAAUGCAGCGAAAACUGGUGCUAUGAAAACAGUAGCUGAUGCCAUAGAACGAUGCUCCGAUUGCAAGAAACACACUGCCCAAGACUUAGCUACCGCCGUUGUAGAAAAUGAAAAUUACGCUGGAAUUGUAACAUUCAACGUGGGCUAUGCCAUCAUGGAAAAAUACAACAUAGCAAAACAAUGUCGUUUAACGAUGGCGAAAGAGAAAACUGCUUGGAAACACAUGUACUACGCCGUUCAGAAACAAAAUCCUUACACUGAAGAAAUCAAUAGAGAAUCUCUAUGGUUCGUUGCUUUCGGAUUCGGUAAUUUUUGGCUUAAACGGUACAUGGUAGAGCCGGAACAUUGUCAGCUGCGAUACAACAACAAGGGAGUUUCGACCAAGCGUUCGAGCAAUCCAAUCAAACUAGUUCAGUUUUACCUGCCCUUUCUGAUUCUUUUUGUUGGCUAUGCAAUGGCUUUCCUUCAGUUCUGUGUCGAAAAAUUUUAUUUCCCCUACUCGGCCGUCGUGUUGUAG